CGCAUGCGCUGCGCGGGCGGGCCAGAGAGUUGUCGGCUAGGAAAUGGCGGCCGCAGGGUUGGUGGCUGUGGCCACGGCUACAGAGUACUCUGGCCCGGGAACGUCGGGAGGUAACCUCUCCGUUGUUAACUGCGGCCCAAACUCCGGCACAGGCCCUGGUCCCGGCCCGGGCUCGUGGAGCCGCUCCCUCGACCGAGCGCUGGAGGAGGCGGCGGUAACCGGGGUGCUGAGCCUGAGCGGCCGGAAACUGAGGGAGUUUCCCCGGGGAGCGGCCAACCACGACCUGACGGACACCACCCGUGCGGAUCUAUCACGAAAUCGCCUCUCAGAAAUUCCCAUAGAAGCAUGUCACUUCGUUUCUCUUGAGAGUCUCAAUUUAUACCAAAAUUGUAUUCGGUAUAUACCAGAGGCAAUUCUAAACCUGCAAGCUCUAACGUUCUUAAAUAUUAGUCGGAACCAGCUGUCUACAUUGCCAGUACACUUGUGUAAUUUACCACUGAAAGUCUUAAUUGCUAGUAAUAACAAAUUGGUCUCACUUCCAGAAGAAAUUGGACACCUCAGACAUUUAACAGAACUUGAUGUGAGCUGCAAUGAAAUUCAAACAAUACCUUCCCAAAUUGGUAAUUUGGAGGCCUUGAGAGACCUUAAUGUAAGAAGAAAUCACUUAGUACGUUUGCCUGAAGAGUUAGCAGAGUUGCCUUUGAUACGGUUAGACUUUUCCUGCAAUAAAAUUACAACAAUCCCUGUUUGUUAUCGGAAUCUCAGGCACCUACAGAUGAUCACCCUAGAUAACAACCCACUACAAUCCCCUCCUGCACAGAUAUGUAUAAAAGGCAAAGUCCACAUAUUUAAAUACCUGAACAUACAGGCUUGUAAGAUUGCUCCAGAUCUGCCAGAUUAUGAUAGGAGACCCAUGGGUUUUGGCUCCUGCCAUGAAGAACUGUACUCAGGUCGCCCCUAUGGAGCCCUUGAUUCAGGUUUCAAUAGUGUGGACAGUGGUGAUAAGAGAUGGUCAGGGAAUGAACCUACAGAUGAAUUUUCAGAUCUGCCUCUUAGAGUAGCAGAAAUUACUAAAGAACAAAGACUACGAAGAGAAGGCCAGUACCAGGAGAAUCGCAGCAGUUUAGUAGUGACAAAUGGUGGAGUGGAACAUGAUCUGGAUCAGAUUGACUACAUUGACAGCUGUACUGCAGAGGAAGAAGAGGAUGAGGUGAGACCACCCAAGGGCUUGGACUCAGACAGCCUCAGUUCACAGUUUAUGGCAUAUAUUGAACAACGGAGAAUCUCUCAUGAGGGUUCACCAGUAAAGCCAGUGCCCAUGAGGGAGUUUCAAAAAUCAGAAGACAUGAGAAGAUAUUCACAUCAAAGCAGGGUUCCAGUUGAGCCAUCUUCUCUCUUGUCACUAUCACCAAGUCACAAUCAGUUUUCACAUACAGACUUAGAACUUCAUCGAAGAAGAGAACAGUUAGUAGAACGUACUAGGAGAGAGGCACAGCUUGCUGCCCUGCAGUAUGAGGAGGAGAAAAUAAGGACCAAGCAGAUUCAGAGAGAUGCCGUCUUGGACUUUGUCAAGCAAAAAGCAGCACAAAGUCCACAAAAACAACAAUCCCCCUUAGAUGGUGAGUGUCCCUUCCCAUCCAGAAGGUCUCAGCACACUGAUGAUAGUGCCUUGUUAGUGUCGCUGUCAGGGGUGAAUCAAGUGGGCUGUGCUACUACCCUGCCUCAUUCUUCUGCCAUCAGGCCUAUUAAGAAUGAUGACAGAUCUAAUGCUGUAUCAAGUUCACCUGCAACAGAAACAGUUCAUCAUUCCCCUGCAUAUUCUUUUCCUGCUGCUAUCCAGAGAAAUCAACCCCAGCGCCCUGAAAGCUUCCUUUUCCGAGGAGCUGUCAGGGGAGAAACAAAUAAAGGUCAUACUUCAUCCCUUCUGCCAUCUACUGCACCUACCACUGAUUCAGCAGAUUCUGUAGCAAGGCAAAAUUCAAGACAGAGAGAAGAAGAGCUGGAAUUAAUAGAUCAGCUACGGAAACAUAUUGAGUACCGGUUGAAAGUAUCUCUGCCUUGUGAUCUUGGAGCAGCUCUAACUGAUGGGGUUGUCCUUUGCCAUUUGGCCAAUCAUGUGCGGCCUCGAUCUGUCCCAAGUAUUCACGUUCCCUCGCCAGCUGUCCCUAAAUUAACAAUGGCAAAAUGUAGGCGAAAUGUGGAGAAUUUCCUGGAAGCUUGCAGAAAAAUUGGUGUGCCUCAGGACAAUCUUUGUUCCCCUUCUGACAUCCUUCAGCUAAACCUCAGCGUUAAAAGAACUGUUGAAACACUCCUUUCUCUUGGGGCACAUUCAGAAGAAUCCAGUUUUGUCUCUCUGUCUAUGCAGCUUUUGGGUUUUGUGGCAUUUUAUUGUACUUUAAUGUUAACUCUCUGUAUGCUUUAUUACUGGAUCUUCCCCCUCUAGCCGAACAAGUGCAUUCCAGUGAUUUUUUUCCACCUCAUUCCUGUGCUUGGUAAAGGAGGUUUGUUUCUCAUUCUGAAGUAUUUACAUGUGCUUUUUUUUUUUUUUUUUUUCUGGCCAUCAAAGAGCUAACCAGUAAAGUAGCUAAAUCCUUCCCUCUGUGUCCAGAUGAGCAGCACAUCACAUUAGUAAUCAUUUAUGAUUUCUAAGAAAAAGUAAAAGACCAGCCUUAUUUCUCCUGCUCAUUCGUCUGUUCUCCUGGCCUGUGUGUGGCCUUAUUCUCUUAUCAUAAACGCUGAGCAUUUCUGCUCAUACAGUCCUGAGCCUGUUGUUAGAAUAUGACUUAGAACUUUAUUCCAAAUGGCAUGAUAAAAUUUCCAUAUAGCCAUUUUCCCAUGCCCCCACACAACCUAAGUGUUGAAAUUGUGAGAAGCAUUAAAAUGAAAAGUUGCUAAACUUUUCAGCAGCUAUUCACAAGGAAGCAUUUGCCCUGUUUGGGGGAGGCACAUGGCCAUGGAAAAUUCUGCAUUGAGCUGUGCCCGGAAAUCCUGAAAUCUCCCUUUAUUGGUAGGGACAGGUCUGCUUAAGCAUUCGCUAUCUGGACAUCUGGAAAGCACUGGCAUUUAAUCUUAAUAAUUUUAAUUUGAUCAGAAUGUUCAGUCCAGGAGUUCGCUGGUGGUGCAGCAGGUUAAGGAUCCAGUGUUGUCACUACUGUGGCUUGGGUUGCUGCUAUGGUACAGGUUUGACCCCUGGCCCUGGAACUUCUGCAUGCUGCAGGCGAGGCCAGAAAAAAAAAAUGUUCAGUCCAAAGAUCAUGUAGGCUCUCUAGAGUGCUGUUCUGAGCCCUUUGAGUUCAUUGAAAACAGCACACAAGCAAAUUAUCCAGAGCGGACCUUCCAGGGUCAGACCUUUGUUAUCUUUAGCUGAACUUUACUUCUAUAAUCCUAUUUAGAAUUUAAAAGUGGGAUUUAUGUAAUUUCUAAUAUAUGUGAACCAUCUUAAUAAGUGAACUUACAUUUGAUAGGCUGUUGAGGAGAUUGUAUCUGAAUAGUAGCAGGUAGAGUAUUAGGCGGCAAUCUCUGUUCUGUACCCAAAGCAGUGAAUGUUAUCUCUUCAGAAGGCUUAGUAUAUCAGCUGCUAGCCUUAAUGCUUGAAACUACUUUAUAAUUGCAUUCAGAUUCUAAUUCUCAUAAAUGGUGCUUUUGUACAUUUACAAUCUCCUGAACUAUUAACAAAAUUAGACCAAGAAACUCAAGUAUGAAGGGAGAUUGUAAGGACCAUAACAUCAUGUUGUAGAAGUCAGUCUGAGGAUCUGAUUGCUUUAGUUGACUUUCAUAUUAAAUGAGAAAAUAUUUAAUGCAUUAAAAACUGUUUACUGUUAAUGCCGAAAACAUUGAACACUGUGUUGAAAACUUUAGUUUUAUACAGUAGUAGUGCCUUUCAGAGUUUGGGGGGUUUUGUUUCUAAGAUGUCUCUGAUCAGAGAUCAUUCCAUUCUGUGGAGUUUUCUCCCUUUUCUACGAAAACACCUGAUAAAAAAGCACAUGGUGUUAUGUGUGGUUUGGGGAGUAAGGGUGCAUUCUCUUCAGAACAGAGUUCUCCCUAAGGCAGCUAGAAGGUAAGUGUGCAUCUGGAGAGCAAAAGCCACUGAGGGAAUGUCUCAGCCACAGGCGUACAGGUUGCGGGACACCCCUAAGAAUGGAGAUUAAGGGAUGGGAUUGACCUCAGAGGAAAUACACUCCCAAGAGCAAAACACUCUGCAGGUUCCUUUUAAGUAUAGUUAAUCUAUACCUGCAGUUGUACUCAAAAGAUUUAUACAAAGUUGCUAGUUUUAUAAGAUCAAAAGAUUCCAUUCACCUUAUUUUAUCAAGGUAAGUAUUAAAUAAAAAGAAAUUAAGCCGGAGUUCCCGUUGGGGUGCAGCAGAAAUGAAUACGACUAGGAACCAUGAGGUGGUGGGUUCGAUCCCUGGCCUCGCUCAGUGGGUUAAGGAUCUGGUGUUGCCAUGAGCUGUGGUGUAGGUUGCUGAUACGGCUCAGAUCUGGUGUUGCUGUGGUUGUGGCUGGCAGCUGUAGCUCCGAUUGGACCCCUAGCCUGGGAAGCUCCAUACACCAUGGGUGCAGCCCUAAAAAGACAAAAGACAAAAAAAAAGAAAAAAAAGAAACUAAGCACAACUACCAGUAACUGCUCAUAAUAAACACUUAUAUUUUUAUUGCAGCUGAUUUUGUAAAACUUCCUAAUAAUAUAUUAAGUGCCAAUGAAAAGCUGAGAAAAAUUCAAUUAUCUUCUUUAAUAAAUAUGUAUAGUCUCUUUUAGUGGAACCAGAAUUCCACUUUCAUUCCUUUAAGGGCAGUCUCUUCUUUCUUUAAUCUAAUCAGUGAUAGGCGUUAUUCUUAUGAUAGGCCUUUUUCUCUUAAAAGCAAGGAUUAACCAAACACAUUAAUGGGGUAAACAAGAUAGAAGUAAUUUAACUUCCUUAAGCGAACUUGUAAACACUUUUCAAAUAUCAUAUAUUAAUUAUGAUAUUCUCACAUCAUAGUACUCCAGCAUAAUUUAAUCCAUUAAAUAUCAGGACAUGAAAUACUUUUUCAAAUACAGUUUCUUUUUUUAAAGUCUGUAAGUCAGAUUUUUUUAACUAAUUCAAACUGGGCCUUCCAUAAAUCACCCAAAGUAGAGGAAAGUUCCUCAAAUACAUCUAAAUCUCAACUUCUGCUUCUUCCUGUGAUCCCUGCCUGGUAUGACAGCCCUAAUUUUCACAGGCCCACAAUGCAAAUAGUGGGCAUUCCUCUCUCGUGCAGUCUGAGUUAUGGCAUGAAACUAUCUCGCAUUCCUACAGUUUGUAAUUUCCAAAGCGCUUUUUUCCUACUAUGCUAUAUUUUUAGGCUUGGGCCAUCUGGUAACUUGGAGCUGUUUGUCUAGUUUCACCUGCCUCAUUUUACUGGUCUGCAUUGCUCUUUUAUUUACCAGAGGUGAAGGAUGUUGCUUUUACUCCAUAGUAUUCUGUUUAUCCUCUGUUGUAUGUAUAUGUAACUUGUCCAUUUUCCAGUUUUCGAAAUGAUCUGUACCUGCUUUUUAGUCGUUUUAAUAAAGUGACAGUGAUUGUUGGGUACCAGCUCUGCGUAACUCAUAUAACAGAGGUCAGUUUCCCAGGUACUGACUCUUCAUAUCUCAAUUCAUUAUUCUGAGGAGGAGAUGCUUUUUUUUUUUUUUUCUUUUCAGUUCUGUGAUGUUCAUCCUCUCUUCUCUUUUGUUUUUAUGUUACGUUGUCCCAUUUCAGGAGCAAUUAUGCUUGCCUCUCCACAUUUUAGAAGAGAAAGGUUUGAGCCAGGUUGCAGUGACGGUCCAGGCUCUCCUGGAACUUGCCCCACCCAAGCAGCAGCAGCACCAGUUUUCUGCUGUGUAAGGACUCCCAGCACCUUGGGCACUGGCCUGGCCAAACCGGAACAGGACCACGUGACUGCUGCUGCCAGCCAUCUGCUUAACAAAGCGCUUAUGUGUUCUUAAAAGGGACUGUUUCCAUGAUUCCUAACAGGAAUGUUUUGCUUCAUUUCUCCAUUUUAGGGGAGGUUAUAUCCAUUUUCAUUGAAUUGUUUAUGAAGACAUGGUUGGUUUUUACAAAUGAAACAAUUCUGUCGUUACUAAGAACCCAACACUGAAGCCUAGCCUGGCUGUGCUUCCCUCUCAGAGAGUAGGUUUUUUCACACAUUGAAGACUAUCUUCUCGGAAGGAUAUUUGCCUCCCUUGAAGGCAUAGACAUGCUGUUUCCGAGCCUUCUAGAGUCUACUGGUUUCUAAAUAGAGUUAUUCAUUAGAAUCUCCUGGAGAAUUUGUUAAAAAUACAGAUUCUUACUCAGUAGGUUUAGAGGCCUGGGUUUCCACAUUUCAGCAAACAUUUCAGGUGUUUCAUGAAGUGAAGACCACUGUUCCAAGCUAGGUAUUUGUGUCAGUUGGAGAAAUAAUGACUUCACUGUGUUUUUCAGUCACAUUUAAAGUCAAAAGCUAUAUUAGGACUAUUUGGAUUAUUCUGUCCAAUGUAAAACAAAAAUAAUGUAGAAGAUUUUGCAUAGUAAAACAGUGAAAUACAUACCACUGUAUUUAAGGCCAGUGUCCUAGGCCUCCCCCCAGCUCUAGUCCACCACCACUUAAGAGGAUGGUUCGUGUAACAUGCCACUAUUAUCCAAACAUAAUCACGCACUCUACACACAGGGUCCUCACCUUCAGGCUGGCAGCAUGUGGCACUCUGCAUCCUGUGUGUUGACUUCAUUGAGCCCUGCACUCUUUACCCCCAUGCUAUUCUCAGGAUACCUGGACCUGCAAACACCUUCCAGUCACAGCUGAUACACUUCUAGCUCCCCAACUAAUGGAUGAUUAUGAAAAUAAAGGAAAAGCCAGGUUUCUUAGAUUUCUUUCACAUAGCUGCCAGUUUCCAUGGCUGAAUUAAAGCACUUGUGGCAUCUUAAAAACAGCUUGCUGUCUUUUCAUCUAGCCGUCUAGCUCCCCCACUAGUGCCUUAUUUACUCAAUUGUGGGUGCAGUUAAAGAGCCCAAGGGCUUAGGCAACACAAAGCCAGGAGCCUUUAUUCAAGUCUAAGCCACUUGGGUCUGUCUUCCCCUGUAUUUUGAGACCCUUUUAGUUGUCAGUGAUAUCUUUUGGUAUUCACUGCCUUUGUAAACUAAGCAAAUAGAGUAGGUGAAGAUAUUCGUUAUCUAGGCUUUUUCCUGUUAAUUGUUCUGGAGCUUUUUUUUUUUUUUUUUUUUUUUUUUAAACCACUGCAUGCAUGCGAGCAUAAAAUGUUCUUUUUAUCAUGUAGCAGCAUCUAAAAGUACCUUUGGAUAAAAUCAUGUUGAGUAUCUGGUCAAAAUAAUGUUUUUUCCUUAUCACAGGUUUAAAAUUAUAUAACACAGAACAUCUGAGCUCAAAGCCCAAUCCUUUAGGAUAAAUGUGUUUUAAGUGCCGUGAGCCAGACCCCUUUGUAUUUAUAGUUCCAAACAGACCCAGCAGUCAUACGACUCGUUUAGAAUUUAGCUGUGUAUAUUUUUAAAUUAUAGGUGUUCUUACUUCUAGUCAACAUUAAACCUCAGUACAAUCUGCAAACUAUAAAAAGCCAUUUGAAAUGAAGCUCACCGGAGUUCCCGUCGUGGCACAGUGGAAAUUAAUCCAACUAGUGACCAUGUGGUUGCCGGUUCAAUUCCUGGCCUCGAUCAGUGGGUUAAGGAUAUGGCACUGCCAUGAGCUGUGGCGUAAAUUGCAGAGGCGGCUCGGAUCCUAUGUUGCUGUGGCUGUGGUGUAGGCUGGCAGCUGUAGCUCCAGUUUGACCCCUAGCCUGGGAACUUCCAUAUUCUGUGGUUGCAACCCUAAAAACCAAAAAAAAAAAAAAAAAGAAAAAGAAAUGAAACUCAGCAAAGGACAGGACUAAUCCCAGUCAAUGUACAUAAUGCAGUAUUUGGAACAUUUUUGACUAGUUUUUCCAUAGAAGUAAUUGGAAUUUUCAACUUCAAAUUUUAUACAUAGCAUGAAAUCUUAUAUAUUUUUAUUAAACUAAUUCAAAUUUAUAUUUGAAUUGUUAGAAAAUAUUUGUGUACAGUUUGGGUUGAUAAUGAAAGAAAAAUAUAAAAUAUAUUGAAUGUCUCUUCUGUGUCAAGAUGCAAAAACAAGUCAUGAUGUUUUGUUGGAAAAUUUUUGUAUUCAGUGUUUUUUAUGUACUUUUUUUGUUGUUUUAACUGGAAAGAAAAUUUAACAUUUAGCCUUGCUAAACUCUAACAAGAUGAAGAUGACUUUGUAACAGUUCCACCUGAUCAUUUAUGAGCUUCCUACUGAAGCACGAAGCAGCGAGCUUCCCAGCGCUGAAGCGGGAAUGAAGAAAAAGCUAAGUGCCCGCCUACUAGGGCCCCUGCCAACUGUGGAGAUUUUAAGCCAUCAGGUUUCUAAGCUUUCAAACUCCUGUUUGCUUAGGACUCCAAACCAGUUUCCUCUGGCAACAGCUUAUGGGAGUAGGGGCCUCUGUAUUCAACUGAAAUAGAGCAGGACACUUAGUAGGUCACUUUCCUUAACAGGCUUUGAAAAUACAGCCUUACAGCUAAUCAAGGAGUGUGAUUUUCUUACUUGAUAACAGGUCAGCAAUGACUAGUGAUCUGUGACUAUGCUGGUGAAUAUGAUGAAUUUUUAAAAACUAAGCGCUUAAAAGGUUAUAUAAAAUGAAGGAAAACAUGGAUAUUUAGAAACCUUUUUAUAUACAUGUUGCAGUAAGAUGGUUUACAGCAGAUUUCAUUUUAUUUCUGAAAAUGUUGUAAACAUGUAAUUAGUAAAAGAUUUUGUAAAACAUUGUCUUAUAUUUGUAUGUCUGUAAAUAUGCAUAAGUCUAAGAAUAAAUAUGUCAAUAUCAUGUAUGUUAUUUUAAAUUGCCUGUAUGCCACCUUCCACAUGACAUUAAAAUAAAAGCCAACACUUCCAUAGGAUGAAAUAAAGGUCGGCUUGAAAAUGUUCAUACCUAA